AUGUCAAUGAGCGCCGGAUCACUUACCGUUGGUAUCAAAGUAUCUCCAAAAGCCGGCUGCAAACAGCCCGGCUUGAACCCGGUAUCGCUCCGCCCUAUCUUGGUCGAACCCGUCCGCGAGGCGAACAUAAUUUGCCGCGUGGCAACGGCCUGGCCCAUUUUCACUUUCUUCGCCUCCAACUACCUCGCCCACUGCGCGACCUUCAGGACGUACCCCGGAUCGUCCACGCUGGAUAUCGUUCUGGGGACGGCCCUCGCCCUCUUCCUUCCCUCGUCGGGGAUCAGCAGGGCUCUGUUCUGGAUCCUGCGGCAUCCAAGCUUCAGAAGAAACAGGAACGAGCUGGAGCGCGCGGUAGCCGCGGGGGCUCUCCGCCUGCUGGUUCGGAACCGGGAAUGGAGGCCGGAGGCGGGUGAUCGGAUUAGGCCAAUCCGGAUUGCUUGCGGAAGGCCGAGGCUAGACACGUCUGAGUCGGCCACCCCGACGACUGCCGGUGUAUCUGUCUCGUCCGACGAUCUCCUCUCGUACGACGACUUGCUGUCCGCGCCAGGGUCAUUUUCGGCCCAUACCCUACGGAAUCCACAUAAGCUGCACGGCAAAGCGCUGCUGCCGCCCGGCUAUUCGUGGUUCGCGGUCCACCACGAGGCCAAGGUCCUAUGGGCUGAGCCGAGCCGGGAGUGCGAUGAUAUGAAGGGCAGGCCGCCGGGUAUCAGCUCCAACUACACCUGGAUUCAGUCGUUGAUCGCUAUCUUCCAAGCCGGAAGUGCCGCCCUAACACUCUACAACUCCCGCGGCAACCAGAUCCAACGCUACGGUUACGCGGCCUUCGGCUUGACCGUCGUCCCUUACCUUGUUAUGAGUCUCUGGAACCUGGUUGCGCAGAUCGCGACCGCCGAAUACCCGACCGUGUAUAUGGUCGACAGUCCCGAGAUGGAGGAGGCGCGAAGGCGCGGCGGUGUGUUUGACGGCGUGGUCGGCAUGCUAGAGCCGGAAGUGUCAGAUGAGGACGACGAUGCUAACGUGCUGGAAUACGCAGUGAAAAGGUCCGCCGACGGCGUCCAACUGCUGCAAAGGAUAUCCGGGAGCAACACCUAUCCUCCCGUUGUCAGAUUCGUCCGCGCACAGCAUGGCGAUGAGAUCAUAGUCCCGCGGUAUACGCCAUACAAACGCUACAGUUCCUCGCCCCACGGGGAAGGGAGGCUUGUCCGCCUUUGUGCCCUCCUGCGGAGCUAUCUCACGCCGGUCAUCGUGAGCUGUCUCCCGCUUCUUGUGGCCGGCCUCCUGACCCAUUUCGACAGCGGAGAGAGCACUCCGACGCAGCGAGGAUGGAUUAUGACCUGGCUUGUUGUUGGCAUCGUCAUGAGAUGGCCGACAGACUUCUGGGUCAAGGUGAAAAUCGGCACCAGUUCGAAGGCGUACGCCCUGUUCUUUGCGUUCAUCGGGGUAAGCGUGGUUUUGGUCGGGCUUAUCGUCGUCACUACUAUCGGAGGAUUUAUUAAUGUUGCGGGCAUGCUCAGGGAAACUUGA